UCAUAUACCUAGAUAUUAAUUUUUAUAUAUUGUGUAGGAAUUAAAUAAUUUAAAUACCUGCCUCUACACACAAUUUGUACAUCCAACUAUCACAAUGAUAAGACUCCUUUUCUGUAAUCUUAAAAAUGCCGCUUAUCAACAUCGUUAUCACUAUAAUUAUGUCACCUAUAAUCCGUAUUCCAUGGUCGUCUAUAAUACUUUUAUAGUUAUUACUUAUCUUCUACUCUUCUAGUCUACUACUCUAGUCGUCCCUGAUCUGGCUGCUGGCCAUCAAUCUAACCCAUUCACUUUUUUUUCACUUUUAUUUCGUUGUUUCAUUUUUAGUUUCUUCUUGCCAUUAGUUCUGGUUAUUUCACAGCUAUCUUAACCAUUCGCCCUUGUCCCUGCAAAUUUCGAUUGUGGUCAUCAUUAUUUGUUGAACAAUUUCAUUAAUUAAUUGGAAUUUGGAAUUUUAAAAUAUAAAAAUGACUACUAGCUGUGACAAAAACUGUUAUCUUUCCAAAUUCAAAUGGCUGCAAAAGUUUGGACCAUCAUACUCGGUUAAAGCAGAAAACAUCACAGCGUUGAAAAGUCCCUCAGAGUUUUAUCGCACACUUUUAUACAGAUGUCGUACAGCAAAACAUCGCAUUGUAAUAGCUUCUUUGUACCUGGGCAUUGGGAAUUUAGAGCAAGAUCUUGUAAACACCUUAAAAGAUGCUAUGGAAAACAGGCGAGAAUUGAGCGUGAGGGUUUUGUUGGACGCUAAUCGUGGGUCUAGAGGUAAAGUCAGUUCACGUACCAUGUUGAUGCCCAUACUGAAUCCAUCAUUCGAUUGUCGUGUAUUUUUGUAUCAUACUCCGAAAUUGAGAGGUCUUUUACGGUUGCUGUUACCUGACAGAUAUAAUGAAUUAAUAGGAAUACAGCAUAUGAAACUAUAUAUGUUUGAUGACUCUAUAAUUAUCAGCGGUGCAAAUUUAAGUCAAGACUAUUUUACUAAUCGACAAGACAGAUACAUCAUCAUUGAAGACUGCAAGUCAUUAGUAGAUUUUUAUAUAGGAUUAGUUGAAUUAUUAGGCCGUAUGUCGUUUCAACUGACAAAUAAAAACACUUUGACAUUGGAUCCUACCUGGGAACAUCAUCCUUAUAAGAGUCCUUAUAAAACUUAUGCUUCAGAGGCUAGAAAACAGUUAAUGCAAUAUUAUAAUACACACAUUGUAAAACAAUCAGUGUCUGAAAAAGUUACAGACACAGUAGUUUAUCCUUUAAUUGAAUUUCCUCCAUUUAAUAUACACCAUGAUAGUCAAACAACUGAUCUUCUUAUGUGUAAUGCUGAACCUGGAUCUACAAUGCAUAUGGCCACUGGAUACUUUAACAUACCAGAUAUUUACAUUAAUACUAUGUUCCAAAAAUCAUUGGCUAACUUCAAAAUAUUAUUUUCUCAUCCAUUGGCUAAUUCAUUUCAACAAGCUAAAGGACCUGCUGGAUUUAUACCUACUGCAUACAGUUAUCUCACAAAUACUUUUUAUAGUAAAAUUGAAAAACUCAAACUUCAUGAACGGAUCACAUGUUUUGAAUACCAAAGAACUGGAUGGACAUUUCAUUCCAAGGGUUUGUGGUACACUCCAAACAAGUCUGAAUUGCCUGUACUAACAGCUGUUGGCUCUUCGAAUUAUGGAGCUAGAUCAUUAAAUUGUGAUUUAGAAUCACAAUUGAUAAUUGUAACAAAUAACCAAAAACUGCAACAAAACUUUCAUACAGAGAAAUGUGAUAUUUUUAAAUCAACAUCAUUAUAUAUACCAGACGGUGAAUUUAAAGCACCACUUUGGGUACGAUUUGUUUUAAGAAUGUUUAGAAAUUAUUUUUAAAUAUUUUAGGUAAUCAUUUUUUUUUAAAUUAAAUUCAUAUCAAUAAAUAUAUUAUAUUCAAAAGUAUAUUCAAAACUGUAUAUUCUUAAUAUACUUGCUGAAAUAAUCCAAAAUACUAUGUUAUUAUUGCCUUAGACUUAUGUACUUCAAAUGCCUUUCAAUAGUAUGUUGAUAGAAAGAGAAGAAUUAUUAAUUAAAAUUUAAGUUUAAUCAAUACGUUAAAUAAAAAUAAUUUUUACUUGAAAUAGUACUCAAGUUUUACAAUUAUCUUUAUAUUACUCUAGUUAAAAGUUAAGUUGUUUAUACCUGUAUAAAAAUGGAACUUAAUUGAAGAAAAACAGUUUUAAUCAAAGCUCAAUUAAUUUAUAAAUUAUAAAUAGUCAUUAUUUAGUAUUUUGCUACUUUUGUACUUUUUUCAAACAUUAUUAGAAAUCAUGAAAAAUUAUAUUUCUGAAGUACUAUUUAUGUUACAUUUAUAAAAUAUCUGAGGUGUUACAAAAAAUUUAAAGAUUCAUUUUUACUUUAAGCAUAUAAAAAACAAAUUACUAUAAAAAACAUUAUUUUUAAACUUAAGUUAAUAAAGUUCCUUCAUAGAGGAUAAUCUAUAAUGUAUUAAUUUUAUUUAAUCAUAAAAUAUACAUAUUUAUCAAUGGCUUAGCAAUUGAUCUUAAAUUUCAUGUUAUUUAUAGUUAAUUAUAAUUUUAUAAUAAGUUAUAAAUGCUAUAAUUAUUGAUUUGUUUACUUAUACUUAUGUACUUGAAUGAACAUUUUAUUUAUACAUCAAUUUUACAAUAAAAAUAACUAAUGAUAAAAUUUAAGAUUAUAUUUCAAGAUAAAUACCAAUUAUAGACUUAAUUUUCAAUCAAUUGACACAUGGGUUACAUGAUACUAGUGAAUUUUGGAUUUUUUUAAAUAAUGGACAUUGUGUAUUAGAAAAAAUUCAUAGCACAUUCUUUGUUUAGCUCAAUUAUACUAUAGGUACUAAUAAAUUAUGUUACAUUAUUUUACUUAAAUUAAGUGUCAUUUUUUUAAAAAAUUGAUUUCUAUGAAAUAAUUUAAUUUAUAAAAUAUUGUAGAUAUGUACAUUGUAUAUAUGCUUAUUAUUAUGGAUUUGUGUACAAUUAUUAAUAAACAAAACAAGUACUUUUAUUAUAUAGUGAAUAUAAGUAAUAUAACUGUAAAAUUGUUUGCUCAAUAAUUUUGUUGUGUAUUUUGAACUGUUAAAAAACAGCUUGAUAAAAUAAUGAAAUUCAAGUAUCUACCCAUAUUUGUUAUUUUUCUGUGAUUUUAUAGCAAUUUAAAGAUAAUAAAUAAAUAACGGUCAAGUAGUCGAGUGUA